AUGAGCUUGCAUGGACUUGGCGUGAUUGGGGCCCAGGUGGCCGCAUCCAUCAAAGGCAAUGACGAAAGAAACCCCGCAGCUCACAAGAUCGCUUCCCCUCGAUGCUCCAUUACUUCUUCACCGGGUGCACACAGCACGGAAUUUGAUCCUUCAGUCGGCGCCAAACCAUGCUCACCGUUUUAUCGCCAUGGAAGCCCGACAAUCUCAUUCGAGCAACUUACAUACGAAACAAAGCACAACGACCGAAACCCAAGUCAUCUGCGAGACCAAGAGAAUGCUGGACCAUACUCUGUCUACCGGAAUGAAAGCCCUCGACGAUCCAAAUUGUGGGAAGAAGAGAAUAAACCACGGAGCUGGCUGCAAUCGUUGACCAAGAAGCAACGAAUGGCCCUGAAGGCAGUUGUGGCAGUGGUCACCGUGGGGACAAUGAUUGCGAUCGCGCUGGGAAUCACUGCUGCGGUAGGAGGUGCAGGCUGGAAGUCCAGUGCGACGAAAAGUGCGCAGGGAGAUUGA